GCUGUGUACGCGGCCAAGGCAGAAAUGCUCCUCAAUCAAGCCCGGAGCACAUCAGGCGAUGUUCAGACCAUUGGGCCAUUGAGGAUCUCUCUUCGGAGAUGUCUUUUUCGAUAAUGUGUUUUCCGAUAUCAGGGCGCAUCAUACAGAGUAACAGAGAUGAGUUAGCGGCUGCACAUAAGAGGCUGAAAGGACAACUUCGCGCCGCCCGCCAACGCGCUCAGCUUGCAGGUGCUGAUGUAGUCGAAGCAAGUGAGGUGUUAACAGAAUGUAACAAAGAACUGGAAAGGUAUAGGAGAGAGGUGUUUCUCAGGAGUUCGGGAGGUGAAAGUUUCGACCCCGCAAUAUCUACAGGGCUACAACACGGACAAGGAAGUGGAGAUGACGUGGACAGAGACCUACCUGCCCCACCGCCGAGUUAUGGCGAGACAUCGAAUACCACCCACAUAUCAUCCGACACUCUCGUUGCCCGUUCGGACAAUCCACAGCUAUUCGGUCCCCCGAAUGCCUCGUCGAGGAACCCCGUCCUAGCAUCCAAUGUUGAUCUCCUGCCUUCCGACUCACCUCCUGGAUUCACGAGAUACGCUCCACCACCUGGUCCGCCUCCAUCUGGACCUCCUCCACAAAGACCUGGUAGAAUGUUAUCCUCUCCUUCGGCAUCGACGUCGCCGACUGGGAGGACGCAAUCCAUGAGAAUGCCGGAACCAUCUUUUUCCUCGAUCUCUCCACCAAUCUCUUCAUCAGUGUCUCUAUCGGUAGCGUCACCAAAUUCUCCAUCGUCUGUGUCUGCUCAUUCACCGACAUCUGGUCUCAACGCAGGCUCUUCUUCAACGCCUAGUACACCUGGCUUGAUUGAUGCAAGUGUACACAGGCGAUCUAGGUCGUCCGUUUCCACCUCUCGGUCUACUCCAAAUCAACACGAAGGGACUUUGUCUUCCCCUAAGCUCGAGUCUGAGUCCAGCCAGGGCUCCCCAAUGCUCUCACCUCCUUGUGGUCCGCUUCCACCCUCUUCCGUUUCAAUCGACAGUAGUACGUCAGUUGGGCAAGGAAUAGCGGGAGGCGGCAAUUCUUCUAACCUUCCCAGCCGUUCGGUGUCACCCGAUACGUCUAUUCCAGCGCAUUGGGGAAAUAGAAAUCCCUUUGCGGCUAUGAUGUUGGAAUAAUUUACCCAUGAUCUAUUUUGUAUACUACAUACUACUUGUAAUUUAUCAACCUAUACAGUAAGUAUAACGACCAGUCUUGUCCUUUUUAACCUACUCUAUGUACAUAUAUACUACAUAUAAUGCAGAGCUGAUGCAGAGUG